GAACAGAUCAUCAUGCGGGACAAAUACACAAACCGGCCCCGCGGGUUUGGUUUCCUGACCCUGGAUGAUGAGGAUGCUGCUGCCCAGAUCUGUCAAGGGACACACGUGCUGGAUGGUAGACAGAUAGAUGCAAAGCGGUCGCUGCCUCAAAGUCAGAAGCCCAAGCUGAGGAAACUCUUUGUGGGUGGCCUGGCUCCCGAGACUACAGAAGACAAUUUCAAAGAGUACUUUGGACAGUUUGGAGACAUCACCGAGGCACAGAUCAUGCAGGAUCACACGAGUGGGCGCUCCAGGGGAUUUGGAUUCAUCACCUAUGAGGACGAGGAGGCCAUUGAGAAGGUGUUUGCCAAGGGGCGUAUGCAUGAGCUGGCAGGCAAGAAUGUG